UGUAAUCCAAUUUGUAAUCAUGUUGUCAGAUCUCGAAAGUUGUCCUCUUCUAACCAGCAACAGAAAUGAUAAUUUUGAAAAUGCAGGUGAAAUUUCUCUACAAUCACUGAAUACAGAAUCACAAGAACAGCAAACCGAAAGGGAAGGAUUUCAAAGGUUUAUCGAGACAGAAACAGAAACUCUGGAAAAGGAACUUUUCCAGCAAUUAAGCAAUACUCCAGGCCCAUCACCAGAAGACAAGGAAGUACCACACAUACCCCUGCCACCCGGGAAGAAACAUCAUUUGUUUGUGUCUUACUCUGUAGAGGAUCAUAAUGAAGCAACGAAUAUUUGCGAAGAGUUGAAGAGAAGAUUUAACCUUAAAUGCAUGAACUGGUAUCACGAUUUUCACCAAGCUAAAACUAUAGAGGAAAAUAUCCGUCAUGAAAUGCAGCAAAGUGUUAAAUUCCUCUUAUUGAUGAGUACGUCUUACUUUGAGAGUUUCUGGUGUGUAAAUGAAGCACGCGAAGCGUGUCAACAAACUUUUACAGAAAAAUCAAAUGUUAUUCCGGUAUUAUUGAAUCCUCUGAACACCGAAUUGCCCAUUUAUCUGAGUUCAUGUGUGUAUAUAGACAAAGGUAAGGAAGAGGAUGUUGCAGCCAAAAUUUAUGAGGUUUUUAAUCGUCCAGAAACCUUGGACCAAUUACAGCUGGGCAGGCCAGCUGCCACAACUGCCACACAUAACGGUGCUUUGAUAUGCCAAAAAGUUGCAGAAAAAGCAAAAUUUGCUAUCCAUGGACUUGCUUUCAGAUUUGCACCUUUAGAGAAAUAUGAGCUCGGGAAAGCUACUCAAUUUGACAUAAGUCAGAAACAGUUUGAGAACCAUUACAUCACUCUCACAACGACAUUAAAUAAUAAAUUUUUGUUCAGAAAUUAUCAAGUACUAACAACAGUGGAGUGGCGAUGCAUGGCUUUGCUAUUCCUAUUUCUAGUAGCUGUAGCCAUUGAGGGAUCUUUAGUAGUCUUAAGUAAAACCAAUAUUUACGAAACCGAGAAAUAUAAAACGUUUAACCUGAUAACGCUGACAGUUGGAUCAGCAAUGACGAUUUCAAUAGUUCCGAUUGGAUUUUGUAUUAUACAUAUAUGCAGAAGAGUUCUUUGUAAAGAUGUCCACUUGAUUGUGCUUAAAUACAACCUGAUGUUUUACAAGGAGAGUAAAUGUCUUGUGUACUUUGACAACUCGUGCCUUUCCAAACCUACAAUAUCCUUAAAAAUUCGUUCAAGACAAUGCAAAUUACAAAACAAAUAUUAUUUUUCAUCCUUUUAAGUAA